AUGUUGAUGCCUAAGAAGAAUCGAAUUGCCAUCUAUGAACCCCUUUUUAAGGAAGGCGUGAUGGUCGCCAAAAAAGAUGUCCACAUGCCCAAACACCCCGAGCUGGCAGACAAGAAUGUGCUCAACUUUCAUGUAAUGAAGGCCAUGCAGGCUCUGAAGUCUCCAGGCUACGUGAAGGAGCAGUUUGCUUGGAGACAUUUCUACUGGUACCUUACGAAUGAGGGCAUCCAGUAUCUUCGAGAUGACCUGCUCCUGUCUCCGGAGAUCGUGCCUGCCACCCUGCGCCGCCCGGAGACUGGCAGGCCUCGGCCCAAAGGUCCAGAGAGUGAGCGGCCUGCAAGAUUCACAAAAGGGGAGGCAGACAGAGACACGUACAGAAGGAGUGCUGUGUCCCAGAGGCGGAUUCAGUCGUGGACGUGGUCAGCCACCUCAGUGAAGUUGGAGAUUAUUUUGUAUUGA